AUGCAUCAACAUCGUCGAUCAUUAUCGGCGGUGGCUUCGCCAGCCUACUCCCCUCGUCCAACCCUAAAUAGGCCUGCCACCCGAGAACGAGAGUUUGACCGCUUCGGACCAAAUACUGCCAGAGGAUUGGGGAUCGACAGACAGAUGGAUUCUUCCGACCAAGAACAGAGCAUCGACUCUACGGAGAAAUCUCCUGCCCAAAAGCUCGAUCAGAUGAUACAGAAUUACCAUACAAAAGCAGCCUUGAUUAUACUACACUCGCGGGUUGAACUUGGCCCUUCGAUGCAAAACGGGGUAGUACGAACAAACAAAUGGUUCAAUGUAGAAGUCGACGAGACCGAUGAUCUGCGAGACAAAUUAAGCCUCUGGAAGAGCAGCAACUGCACCAAUAGCCGACCUCGGCCGAUGCUCAUUGAAAUCUAUUUGGACACCUCACAGCUGACCAAUAACCAAAGCCUGGUGAUUAUCGAUGACUCGGGAAAGCGAUGGGAUGUGGUUGAAGCUCUUGCUUCUCAUGGCUGCCUUGACAGUUCCAGAUCUUCAAGACGGGGGGUUAUCCUGGAAAGAUGGCGUAUUGAGCUUGGCUCUGGUCCCGACGAGCUACCCCCUGACCUUGGUUCGAUACUCCCAACCGUCUAUAAAAAGAGUAUUGUCGUGUUCAGGUCAUUGUACGCCUACUCUAAAUUGCUCCCAGCUUGGAAAUACUCCAAACGCCACUCGAAAGUCCGAAUGCACCCUGCACUAUCGCUGAAAUAUCGAAUCCUUGAGGGACCUCGAGGCCAGAUAUCACCCGCAACUGAUGCUCUGACAGCUCCCCUGUAUCCGGGGAAAGAUCCGGUCGUCGAUACAUAUUCAUUCGGCGUGACUGAAUCUCCCGCCGGGGCGUUUUCUGCUCUAGUCACUUACCGGACCAACUGCGAAUUCCGAGUCGAUGAUUCAGAAGCGCUGCUCAGCUCGAGGUUCAUGGGCGUGGAUGAAGGCUUCUUUAGACCAUCACUUCCGUCUGAAGACAAAUAUGCCGCUCCCGGGCAAGAACCCGGUUCGUUGCCGGUACAGAAACGAACCGUGGGUCACCCUGACCCUGGGCAGGCAUACGGGAGCAUGUCAACAUUCCAUCAAGUCGGCCCGACGACAGGCGCUCCUUCGAUCUCUAUUCAGCCGUUUAAAACCCCUACGCUCUCCGCAUCCCCCGCCCCGCUCGAAAGCCCACUCGGAUCUCAACCCAGAAGUUUGGGUGCAAGAGUGGGACCGAUGGACAUUGCCUCUGCUAAAACUAUGCCUCCACCGCCUAGGACGCCUACCACGUCAAAAAGGGUCACCCAAGGGUCCGAAGGUGCAAUUGUGUCUUCCAUGUCAGGAUCACCUAGGCCAGCACCCAUUUCCAAAUUCAGCAGCUCUUUUAGUCACAGAAGGGGUCGAUUGUCUUCCGGAGGUGCCAGCAAAACUGAUGACGAUAACAUUUCAAGUGGCAGAGUCAGCGUGAGCUCUUCUAUUGUCCACCCAAUCUCUGGGACUCCUGCAGACCACGCUGCUGGAAGUUCAGAAUCUCUACAAGCUGAUGAGGAUAAUAUUUCGGACUUUCUCAAAAUGCUUGAAUCAAGAAAGGAUCUCUUGACUAAGAAAGAUACAAAGUCAACUGAUAAGAGCACGAAACGUACUUCAGCCGCUUUAUCCCGAUUCCAAAAGAUGAGAGACUCAAACGCCGUGCUAUCGGAUUCUCUAUCGUCCUCUCUGGUUCUUCAGCAAUCGUCCGCCUCUUCGAGUAAGCAACUUCCAAACCCCACCACUUCUGUGAUUGGGGCUUCGACAUCCGUUUCUUCUUCACCAGGAAAAGCAAUAUCUCCCCAUACUUUACAUCUCCCUGCAGUUCCUUCCCGUCUUAGCUCAAACAGCGUUGUCGACUAUUCCCACCGCGAUCGACCCGAGAGAAAGCAUCGGCUAUCACAUGAAUCUUGUAGCUCUCCAUCCGAAGAACCCUCUAACAACGAGCCGCGAAGCCAACUUGAAGGGCCGAACGCCAACGCUAUUGAUAUCCCAACAUCUCCCCGGCCGUACAUUUCUAGUUUCCGCCGGUCCAGUUCUGCUGCUCAAAGACGCUCAAGCACUGUCAUUGAAGAUGACCUGGCUGAUUUUCUACCUUUCGGGAUGCGCAGUAUAAGUUUGGGUGCUGAAGAGCGUUCCCCUCUCAGCCUGAGCGAAUUGGUACGCCAACAAGAUGAGUCCAACCCUACCUCGGACCCAAACGCGUUAGAACAGAGCCAGCCAGAAGCCAAUGCAGGACAAUCAACCGUAAAUGAAUCGCCUUCGAGAAAUGAAGAAACUCCGGGCGCCUCUUCCCACCGCCAAUACCAACCUCGCUUUGCUCACCUUCGUGGCCGUGGAUCAUUUGGUCAAUCGCACGGAUCUGUUGCCAGCAGCUAG